CGGGGUCACCCGGGGUCAGAGGCCCUGGGAGCAGCCGGGGCCCCCUCCCCCCGUAUCGGUGGCCACGUGACCCACGCGCCCCCCGGGGCCUUUGGCGGUUGGGGGAGGCUCCCCUGGAGCGGCCGCCCCCGUGUUAUAUUGACCCCAGACUCUCCCUCUCUGACAGAGCAAGAGAUGGUGAUUCCAUGUCACAGGGAGAGCGACACCCGGUGCCGGUGUAAAGCCCGAGACUAUUGUGAGGGGCAGAACUGUACCACCUGCCGGCCCUGCAGGACAAGGUGCCCAGAGGGAGAAGAGCUUCUCCAAGGAUGCACCAACACAAGUGACAUAGUGUGUGGGAUCCCUACAACAGGAGGCCCCAACAACUCAUGGCUUUGGCUUCUGCUUCUGAUUCUGCCGAUUGUGGCCAUGGUCGGUUUCAUCAUUUGGGACGUCCGGAAGUGGAAGUCUUCAAGAUCAAGGCCAUCCUGGGCAGUAACUGUUGAGGGGCAGGUCAAUUCUCCCAGACCCUCCACAGCAUCUGAAGGAGCCACAGGGCAGCCUUUGCUGACUCAGAUGUUGGAGAUUGAGAAUGAGAUAAAUUGUAGACAGAGAGAAGAGGAGGGAGGUCAGAGAACAGCAACGGCCUCCCAGUCUCCUUGUCUCAGCCCCUCACAAGGGGGGAUCCAUUCUGGGUUAGACCUCCAGCAGCCACUGCCUGAUGGCUCCCAGGUAUUGCAACAGCUCCAGGGUGUUCUGGGCCGUUCCCCUGGCUCCUGAAGGAGAGCUGCAGAGCGAGGAGGCCCGAGGACUGAAUUGGGGUCACAGGGUAGCACUUUCGCCUUCCUUUUCUCUAUCCAUUUUGCUUUGAUUUUUCUUGUGCCGCCAUGAAUGUUUACAAGAACUGCCCAUACUCUGCCAGCUGUGCCAAGGGGCUCCUGCUGCUCCUCCCCAAGUCUACUACAAGUUCCAGUGGGGCCGGGCGUUUCUAUUGGGACCUCAGUGAGCUGCUGGUAUGUUGGGGCUGGGACCCAGGUCUCCCCUUUACCCCAUGUUACCUUUUCCCUCCAGCUUUAAGCAGGUGCUUCUGAAGGAUCUUUUUUUGUUUGUUUGUUUUUGCUUCUGAAGGAUCUUACUUUAAAAUGCCCAAAGAGCAAUAGUGUGCAAUUAAAUGUGUUAUAGUAUUCAUUGGGUUAUUUGUGCAAUUAAAUAUAUCUGAGCGUCAGUGUUUUCAUGUGAA